CCUAUCAAAAGAUUACGGGACAAAAUUCCGGAACGCAGAUCUUGAAAUGCUUCGAACUCCACUUCUACCGAGGCAAUGACGCCAACGACCCUCCUCCCGUUGCGCGUCAUUUUGACCGAUCAACUCCGCCAUCGCAAUAUUUUCCAGUCCACAUCGGGAUACAUAUUUUGAUGCUCACUCCUUCAUAAUCUACUGCUUGCUACCAUAUUACCUCUUUAAUUCCCAUCUUCUGCCUAAUUAAUGCUUUUACGCCGGGCCAUCUCACGUCAAACUCGACCUGUGAUCACAAAUCAACACAUCAAAAGAACUGGCACUCAAUCGAUGCGCCUAUCGCAAAUCAUGGCGCACCUCGACUCCUCUAGUAAUGGAACUCAAGCCACGAACGGUACAUCAAAGGCCAAAGGCUCCCACACCCUUCGAUCACUCCCAAAAUCCAAUACUUUCACGUCAAACCUCCCCACCGACCCCGCCUUCCCCACGCCGUCAGUGUCGCACGCCGCCUCCCGAGAACAUCUUGGUCCACGUCUAGUCAAAGAAGCGCUCUACACAUAUGUGCGCCCAGAGCCAACUGAACAUCCCGAGCUCUUAUGCGUCAGCCCACGUGCCCUUAGUGACAUUGGGCUCGCCGAGUCCGAAGCGCAAACAGAAGAGUUCAAGCAGGUGUUCUCAGGAAGCAAGAUCAUAACAUGGGAUGAAAAGGAAAACUCGGAAGGAGGAGGCAUAUAUCCAUGGGCACAGUGUUAUGGUGGAUACCAAUUCGGGCAAUGGGCUGGACAAUUGGGCGACGGGCGCGCUAUCUCCUUAUUCGAGACCACAAACCCAGACUCGGGGACGCGGUAUGAGCUUCAGCUCAAAGGCGCUGGACGAACGCCGUAUUCGCGGUUUGCGGACGGGAAAGCGGUGCUUCGGUCUAGCAUAAGGGAAUUCGUGGUAUCGGAAUACUUGAAUGCGAUUGGGAUCCCCACCACGAGAGCACUGGCACUCACGCUAUGCAAAGACACCAAGGUCAGGCGAGAAAGACUCGAGCCGGGAGCCAUUGUAGCACGCUUCGCGCAAUCAUGGAUCCGCUUCGGGACCUUUGACCUCCCACGUAUGCGCGGCGAUCGCAAACUCAUCCGCGAGCUGUCCGACUACACAGCUGAACACGUCUACGGUGGAUGGGACAAGCUGGCUUCCAAGCUUCCCGACGGCGAUGUCAAAGAAACACACGCCUCUGCCUCCACCGGUAUCCCACGCGAAACAAUAGAAGGCACCGGCACCGCAGAAGAAAACAGAUACACUCGUCUUUAUCGCUCAAUCAUCCGUGCCAACGCCCUCACGGUCGCCAAAUGGCAGGCCUACGGCUUCAUGAACGGCGUGCUCAACACAGACAACACUUCCAUUCUUGGCCUGAGCAUCGACUUCGGGCCCUUCGCUUUCCUCGACACAUUCGAUCCUACAUACACCCCUAACCACGACGACGGCAUGCUCCGCUACUCCUACAGGAACCAACCUACUAUCAUAUGGUGGAACCUAGUCCGUCUAGGCGAGUCCCUUGGCGAACUCAUGGGCGCAGGCUCCACCGUCGACACAUCCUCCUUCAUCGACGAUGGUGUAAAAGAAGAAGAUACCGACGAGCUCAUCAAACGCGCAGAAUCCAUCAUCGAGCGCGGCGGCGAGGAAUUCAAAGCCGUCUUCCUCGCCGAGUACAAGCGUCUCAUGACGGCCCGUCUGGGACUCAAAACUACAAAACAAGAUGACUUUGACUCGCUGUACUCGGAACUCCUAGACUGUCUGCAAGCAUUCGAGCUUGAUUUCCAUCAUGCGUUCCGUCGCUUGUCUGGGUUCGCACUCGAUGAGCUGAAGAGUGAGGAGGCGAGGAAGGAUGUCGCGGGUCGAUUCUUCCGCAGCAACGAAGCCCCCCGUCAGGAAGAUGCUUCACGUGAGCGGCUAGGCAAGUGGUUGGAGAAAUGGGCGGCGCGUGUUAAAGAGGAUUGGGGGGAGGCUGCUGAUGCGGAGCGCCAGGCGGCUAUGCGGAGUGUGAACCCAAACUUUGUUCCCCGCUCCUGGAUACUAGACGAACUCAUCGAGCGUGUUGAGAAGAAGGGUGAGCGCGAGAUCCUGCCUCAAAUCAUGAAACUCAAUCUCGACCCCUUCCAAGAGAACUGGGGCUGGGAUCAAGGCGAGGAAGACCGUUUCUGCGGCGACGUGCCAAAGUACAAGGGUUUGAUGCAGUGUAGCUGCAGUUCGUAA